UCUCUUUCUUAGUCAAAUAAACUCAACACAAACAAAAAAGAAGUCUCUCUCUAAAAUCUUCGUUUCGCCGGAGCCGGAGAGAAGAUAUGAGAUGAUGAGGUGUAGUAACUUACUACACUACUCGAUUCGUCGGAAAACGCAGACAAGUUGUAAAAAUCGCAUCUUGAAGCUCAUGGAGAGAGAGAGAUCAUCACCAGCGAGGAAUAUGUCUAGUAGUUUUCAGAAGCGAUCUGUUGUCUUCGCCAAUAGAGAUUUCCCAUCGGGCUGUGGAACUCACAUUGAUCCCUGUAAGAUUGAUGAUGAUGAUGUUUCUGACCAUCAUCCGAGGGUUGCAGCUCCAACUUGUGUCAAAUCAAAACAACAACCAGAUGGUCAUCAUGUCGCAGCUUCGAGUUCAUCUCACAGACGAGAGAUGGAGACUAGAAGAUCAUCUGAUUCUGAUCCUACUCCUCGUGAGAGAGUGCUUGAGGUAUUAACUCUCUUCAAAAGAGUGUACAAAGAGUUGGAUCAACAAAAGAAGGCCAGGCGCGGUGGUGAUCAGUUGGAAGCAACAAGCAGAAUCGACAUCAAGACGCUCAAUGUCCUGGAGAAUAUGGGGAAGCAAUUAAACACUGAGAAGAUAAUCGGAUCAGUUCCAGGAAUCAACGUCGGGGAUGAGUUUCAGUACAAAACCGAACUCCGUGUCGUCGGGCUUCACUCCAAGACCAUGCAUGGGAUCGAUUACUUGAAAAGAGGAGACCUUAGGCUCGCCACAAGCAUCGUAGCAUCAGAAGGGUACGGCUACAACGAUACGUUCAACUCUGGUGUGAUGUUUUACACAGGUGAAGGAGGUAACGUAAUCAGCAAGGAAAAGAAGACUGAAGACCAAAAACGGAUCAAAGGGAACUUGGCGUUGGCUAACAGUAUGACGCAUAAAACUGAAGUCAGAGUGAUCCGUGGAGAAGAGAGGUGGGAUCGUAAAGGGAAGCGAUACGUGUACGAUGGUUUGUAUUUGGUUGAACAGUUUGGCGAGGAGAGAGAGGCUAGAGGUAAGCUUGUCUCCAAGUUCAAGCUUUGUAGGAUUCCUGGUCAACCUCCAUUGACUUGACUUAGACUUGAUAUAUUAGUAUCGUAAAAUAAUAAAGAAAGGGAGUUGGAAAAGGUAAAUUUACAUUUCUUAACAGACAAACUUAUACCCGUUUUGGAAGUUGUUUACUUAAUUACAAGAAAAAAAGUCAUACAUAUAUUCCUUUCCCCAUAUAUAUGCUGAUAUAUACAG